UUGGCAGGCAGCCAGGCUUAAUUUCACGAGGCAUGCAUUCAUAGCUUAGCUUUGUCCUCGAUCUCCUUCUUCUCCCCUCAGAACUAUAUCUACCAACCUCCCUCACUCACUCACUCCAUGCAACUCUCUCUCUCUCUCUCUCUCUCUCUCUCUCUAGCUAGCCAGAACCUAAGAAAUAAGUAAACACGAUGGAGAUAUUGGUCAUACUAACCGCAGUGCUCCUCUCAUUCUCUCUCUACCCCCUAUACAAGCUCUUCGAUCAAUGGCGAAACCGGGGGUGCUACCUCAUCGACUACGUCAACUUCAGGCCCACCGACGACCGCGAAAUCCCCACGGAGUUCUGCGAGUCCAUCGUCCGCCGCAACAAGCGCCUCGGCCUCGAAGAGUACCGCUUCCUCCUGAGAAUCAUCGUCAGCUCCGGCAUCGGAGAGCACACCUACGGCCCCCGCAACAUCGUCGAGGGGAGGGAGGAUAGCCCGACCCACGGCGACUCCCUGCUGGAGAUGGACGAGUGCUUCUUCGGGACCCUCGACGCUCUCUUCGCCAGGACGGGCUUCGCGCCCGCGGACGUAGACGCCCUGGUCCUCAACGUGUCCAUGUUCUGCCCCGCGCCCUCGCUGUCGGCGAGGAUCGUGAACAGGUACCGGAUGAGGGAGGACGUCAAGGUGUUCAAUCUCUCCGGCAUGGGAUGCAGCGCCAGCCUGAUCUCGCUCGACCUCGUGCAGAACCUGAUGAAGUGCCGCAGGGAUUGCCUGGCAGCGCUCGUCACGUCGCGAAGUCGAUCAGCGCCGAACUGUAUUCAGGUGAAGAAGCCGGCUUCUGAUGAGCUCGGGAACUGCCUGCCAGCUCCAGCUGAACAGCUGGUCCUGGACCACCUCCGGGAAGAGCAGAGGCCCCACACGCCGCCUUCACACUACCAGAGACGAGCGAGGGACGCUGACAGGCAUGGCAGCUCAGCAAGGACAUCCCGAAAGGCGGCGCAGCCGCCUGUUCGAAAACAUCCGGGUUUUCGCCCCCAAGGUCUGCCGGUCAAGGAAAUCGUCCUUACGUCCGCCGCAACGCGGCCAACUCGUCAAGACAGGCUCGGCCCCGUCGAAACUCAACAAGCCGAGGUUCGUCGUGCCGACCUCAAGUCCGGCGUCGACCACUUCUGCGUCCACACCGGGGGAACGGUGGUCAUGCGAUGGAGUCGGUCAGGCUUACGGCUGAGCGACGCGGACCUGGAGCCGUCGAGGAUGGCGCUUCAUCGGUUCGGGAAUACGUCGGGGAGCAGUGUGUGGUACGUGCUGGGGUAUAUGGAGGCAAAGAGGAGGUUGAAGAAGGGGGAGAGAGUGAUGAUGAUAAGUGUUGGGGGAGGGUUUAAGUGCAAUAGUUGCCUCUGGACCGUGAUGAGGGAUUUGGAUUGCGGGGAUGGUGGAUGCGGAGCUUGGAAGGAUUGCAUCGAUGAGUAUCCUCCGAAGAGUUUGGUUAACCCUUUCAUGGAGAAGUUUGGGUGGAUCUUUGAUGAUGGCAAAACCGCAAACAUCCACGAGCUGCUCAAUAAUUAAAAAAGACUAUAUAUUACAGCUCUUUUCAGAACAACCUGCAUGCAUAAGUGCCAACGAACGGGAUGUUCUGACCAUACAAGAAGAAGCUCAAUUAGAAUCCUAUUAUACCAUUAUUAGUGUCAUAUUAUAUCAUCAAAUUCGAAAUGUGUAUGUUAAGGUCUUGUUUGUCAUUAUUGUACGUUUGUCUAAAAAUAUUUAAGGUUGGGGUUGUUUGAUAAAAUGAAAAUAUGGAAUGCGUGUUGAUUUAUUUA